AUGGCUGACGACACGGCCAUGGACGUUGAUCCACAGCAGGACGUUUUCGCGUCUGUCACCUUUACCGCCAUUCCCACCGCAGACUUGCCGCUAGAGCGUGUCGACCAGCUUCAACGCAUCCUGGAGGACAAUGGUGCCAUCUACCGUCCCUUGGACCCGACAACACAGCGCAUUGACAGCAUCACCGACUUUACCCACAUCAUCGCUACAACCUGCGACUUUCCCGACUACCUCCAUGCUCUCGACCACUUUGUGCAUGUUGUCAAGCCACAAUGGAUUGACGACAGCCUCCGCCGCGGCAAGCCUGUCAAUCCGCGCUCCCACAGCCCAGAUCCACGCCUGUUCAUGUCCGAUGUCAUGGUAACAUGCGCCUCAGACAUUCCUGAGGGAGAUGCCGAGGCCAUCAUAGGCGGCGUCCUGGCCAUGGGCGGCCAGUACUCGAGCGCCAUCACCAAAGUUACCACCCACCUUGUCGCCUUGACCCUGGAUGAUGACAAGUGUGCGCUCGUUCGUGCCAAGAACCUCAAAUGCAAAAUCGUCCUUCCGCACUGGUUCGAUGACUGCCUUAAAUUGGGCAAGAAGAUUGUCGAGACACCCUACCAACUACCGAACCCGCCGAUCCUCUCACGCGACCAUACCGUCCCUAUUGUUCACUAUCCCAGCGACGCCAUAAAAGACGCCACCACUCCUACACCCCAGGCACUGCCAAGUCCGGUCAGCUUCUCAUCGCCAAACGCCCCUCGGUCCUUGCGAGUCUUCUCGGGCAAGAGAAUACUACUCUCACGUGAUCUGAACGUUGGCUUGCGCAUACGGAAUACUAUCGAGGAGCUCGUACGUGCUGGCGGUGGUACCGUUGUGGAUCAUAUUGAUCAGGCUGAUACGUAUGUUUGUCCGUAUCGUGAUGGUGAUGACUACAUAAACGCAUCCCAAACUGGAAAGGAUGUCGGCAACCUUUCCUGGCUCUACUAUCUCAUCACUCAUGACCUUUGGACGUCUCCCAUGCGGCGCCUCCUGCACUAUCCGGUCCCACGCAAUGGCAUUCCGGGUUUCGAAAAAUACAGAAUCAGCAUCUCAAAUUACGUUGGAGAAGCCAGAGUUUACCUCGAAAACCUAACCAAAGCCUGCGGUGCUCAAUUCACAAGAGCUUUCCGCCAGGACAACACCCACUUGGUCACCGCUCAUUCGCAAAGCGAGAAGUGCACUGCCGCGCAAGAAUGGAAUAUCCACCUGGUGAACCACAUGUGGCUCGAGGAAAGCUACGCUAAAUGUAAGGAGCAAUCCUUAACCAACCCACGCUACACCCAUUUCCCCGCCCGGACAAACCUUGGCGAGGUUGUGGGUCAGACUCAAAUCGACCGAGAUGCUGUUGAGAAAUAUUUCUUCAAGCCAGCGAAUGCAGGAAAAGCCAAGAAGAGCGCACAUGAUGCCAAGGCGAAGCAAACGGACAAGUCAGACACGCUCACAACCAAGGAUGCCAUGGAGAGCAAUGUAGGCGAGGGCUUGCAAGCCCAGACGACGCCUUCCAUGAGAACAACUAAACGUGCAAAGAGUGACAACGCCAACAUCGACACUCCUGGACGAGCCGGAGACGGGAAGGAGAACGAAACUCCGUCGACAGGCCGAGGCGCGAAGAGUAAGGCCUUGUCAAAACUUCACGACCUUGCCCCCGACAUCGCCCAGUAUGAGAAAGAAGUCAAAAGAAAGGGCGGCGUCAUAUAUGGAGGCAGGAGGGUCAAAGAUGAUGCCGAGGCCAAUAGUAGAACAAAGGAGACGCACACAGCGAAGAGGUCACUGGAGGAUGAAGACGACGAAGACGAAGAAGAUGAAUCUGCCGAAAAGGGGCCCAAACGCAAGAUCAAGAGAGCAAAGUCUCACGAUUCUGGGGGCGCGCAGUUCUUGAUGCUCUCUGGCGACAGCCGAUGGGUGGAAAAACCAAAGAAGGAGACCGAAGAUCGGAACAAACUUCGUGCGAUAGGCAUCCACGUCACUCAGGACCCCGAGGAAGUCACAAUUCUUUGCGCACCAAAGAUUGUCCGAACAAAGAAGUUUGUCGCAGCUCUGUCUAACGCCCCAGUCGUUGUCUCAACCAAGUUCUUAGACUUCUGUCUCAAAGAAAAAAGGGUCCCCGCCCCCGAGAAGUUCUUGCUCAGUGACGAGGAAGGCGAAAGGCGCCAGGGAAUCAAACUGACUGAUUCAAUUGCCAGGGCCGAGCAAAAUCGGCGGCAUUUAUUGGAUGGAUGGCAGAUAUUUGUGACGGAGAAAGUCAAUGGCGGCUUUGAGACAUUCAAGGACAUAAUCACCGCGAAUGGAGGCAGCUGCUUGCUCUGGAAAGGUCGUGCUACAGGUAUUCCAAAGCGCAGGAAGGUCAGGCUCGAUGCCGAAGGGGACACGUCUAUGAGAUCGGAACCACUGUCGGACGAUGAAUUGGAGAUGAAUCGCACCAACGACAAGGGCGACACACUCUAUCUCAUCUCCAGCACUGAGCCAGACGACGUCAAGCUCUGGCCGAAGUUCCGCGACCUAGCAAGGAAAGCAGACAUGAAGCCACGCAUCGUCAAGCCUGACUGGAUCCUUUUCGUCGCCAUGGCACAGAUGAUCGACUUCGACGACCGAUGGGAGCUCAAUGAUGAUGAUGCGUCAAACACAAAGGGCGCGAAGCGCUAA